ACCUUCCUGAGAGGAUUAUGACAACGAAAUACUGAGCUGCAAAGCUUAGUGAAAGUUAUCUAGAUUAUCACUGUCACUUGCAACUCUUCUUUUUCUUUUGCUUUGAGCGAUUCCACCCUGUGAGCCAGCCUCAUUGCUAAGUAUCUCUGCACCCGAUCGUUCUCAGACUGACCACCUUUGCCUAUGAAUCUCUCUGCCCACUCCUUUGCUUUAGAAGACUUCAUUUGCGCAGCAGGAAAAGUCAAAAAACAAAACAAAGCAAAACACCCCUGCACGAUGAGCAGCAAGCUUUGAAUUCAAUCAUGCAAGACCUGGCUGUGCUUCAUAAGGCCAGUCGUCCUGCGCUGCCCCUACAAGAAACAGGAAAACCAAAAUCAUCUUCACCUAAGAAACAGAAUGACGUUAGAGUCAAGUUUGAACAUCGAGGUGAAAAAAGGCCAUUACUAGCCUACCUCUUGGCUCUCUUCAGUGGUAACUGCCUCCACUGUUUUGCUGCUUCCCUUAAACAAGGCAAUACUGACAUGUACAAGCAUCUGGAAUACUGGUGUGCUUACAGCAGGACGCGAAAUAGUUUAAUGUCCUGUUUGCCUACAAAAUGGAAGCAACAUCAAAGCAAAAUCCUGCAGUUCUCAAGACCUGUCAAGCUAGAAGAUCUUGCAGCUAAAGCUAAAGUUGCUUUUGGACAGCCUAUGGAUUUGCAUUACAGCAAUAAUGAGCUGGUGAUUCCGUUAACCACACAGGAUGAUUUGGACAAAGCUGUUGAACUGUUAGAUCGUAGUGUUCACAUGAAGAGCCUCAAAAUAUUGCUUGUAGUGCAUGGAAAUACGCAGUCUCCCAGUGUGAGUAACAUGGAACCCCUUUCAUCACUGGAAGAUCUGAAUAACACAGUGUUUGGAGUAACAGAAAGAAAAAGCAAGCUUCCUGUAAUAGGAAACAACAAAUGUUUCAACUGCUGUAGCCAGAAAACUGAAGUACCUAAGAAACAUGUCCAAGCCUUCAGUUCUAAUACCCGUGAUAGAAGCUCGCCUCCCCCAGGAUACAUUCCCGAUGAACUGCACCAGGUGGCCCGAAAUGGAUCAUUCACAAGUAUCAACAGCGAAGGCGAGUUCAUUCCAGAAAGCAUGGAUCAAAUGCUGGAUCCAUUGUCCUUAAGUAGUCCUGAGAACUCUGGCUCAGGAAGCUGCCCCUCCCUUGACAGCCCUUUAGAUGGAGACAGCUACCCCAAAUCUCGGAUGCCGCGCGCUCAGAGCUAUCCAGAUAAUCAUCAGGAAUUCUCAGAGUAUGACAUCCCAAUAUUUGAGAAAUUUGGAAAAGGUGGGACGUAUCCCCGAAGAUACCAUAUUUCUUAUCAUCAUCAAGACUACAAUGAUGGUCGUAAAACUUUUCCAAGGGCCAGGAGGACCCAAGGAAACAGCUUCCGGUCUCCAGUUAGUUUCAGCCCCACUGAUCACUCAUUGAGUACAAGCAGUGGGAGCAGCACCUUUACUCCAGAGUAUGAAGAUAACCGAAUGAGAAGAAGGGGAAGUGACAUAGACAAUCCUACCUUGUCAGUGAUGGACAUCAGCCCACCCAGCCGCUCACCACGAGCUCCAACUAACUGGAGACUUGGCAAGCUUCUGGGUCAGGGCGCAUUUGGCAGAGUAUAUCUAUGCUAUGAUGCUGAUACAGGAAGAGAAUUGGCAGUUAAACAAGUUCAGUUUGACCCUGACAGUCCAGAAACCAGCAAGGAAGUAAAUGCACUUGAAUGUGAGAUUCAGCUGCUGAAAAACCUGCUCCAUGAGAGAAUUGUUCAGUAUUAUGGCUGCUUGAGGGAUCCCCCGGAAAGAACCCUCUCCAUAUUCAUGGAGUACAUGCCAGGGGGGUCUAUCAAGGACCAGUUAAAAGCAUACGGAGCGCUCACAGAGAACGUGACCCGAAAAUACACCCGACAGAUUCUGGAGGGAGUUCACUAUUUGCACAGUAACAUGAUUGUACAUAGAGAUAUUAAAGGAGCAAAUAUUCUGCGAGAUUCAGCAGGCAAUGUGAAGCUUGGAGAUUUUGGUGCCAGCAAACGACUUCAGACUCUCUCUCUCUCUGGUACGGGAAUGAAGUCGGUCACAGGGACUCCAUACUGGAUGAGUCCUGAAGUGAUCCGUGGAGAAGGGUAUGGCAGAAAAGCAGAUAUCUGGAGCGUAGGUUGUACCGUGGUGGAAAUGCUCACUGAGAAACCCCCGUGGGCAGAGUUUGAAGCAAUGGCUGCCAUAUUUAAAAUUGCCACCCAGCCAACAAACCCACAGCUGCCACCUCACGUCUCGGACCAUGCUCGGGAUUUCCUGAAGCGGAUUUUUAUUGAGGCCAAGCUGCGACCAUCUGCAGAUGAACUGCUAAGGCACACAUUUGCACAUUAUCACUAACAGCCUGCCUCAACCCAGCUUGCAUCUACUGCAUUUAUUUUCUAUUUGACUGCACUUUUAUUUUUAUUUUUUACAAAGAGGAGCGAGAAGACAAGAGAGAACCGUUCUCUUGAAUCUGUUUCACUCGGAUUGUAAACAAUCUAAAUUUUGUAUUUAGGAUGAGGAUCUUUUCUCCCCUACCAGGACUAGAACCUUUUUAUUUCUACAGUGUACUGAUGUGGUCCGCAUAGAUAAAGCACUUUAGUACG